CUGUUCCUUUUACGAAUCAUUCAUUCACUGAGUUGUUCCACAUGGCUGCUUCAUGAUGCUAAAUUCACACAGACCUCAAGGCUUGUCUAGUAGAGGUAAGAAUAAAUUGUUUCGGUGUCGUUCUUUCCGUGAAUGGACAAGACUUGUAGCGUUGUUGUUUUUUGUCUAUUUCCGCGAGGAAGUGAAGUUUAUUGUAACACUUAUACGUCGAGUUAAUCGCACUUAAGUUUGUUUUUCCAAAGAACUGAAACAUCACAAAGCAUUGACAGGAGGACUUAAACACGGAGACAAGUGUUGCUAGCCGGAAUAGAGAUGCUAUCAUGCAAUGUGCUACUAGUCCAUUCAAUGAGGAGGGUAGAAAGGAAAACGAAAAUUCUGAGGAAACAAAGAAAACUAAACCCAACAGGGCGCGUUUGCUUCGAAGAUACACGUCGCAUUGUCUUCUGUUGAAUGAGAAUCGUAACGAUGUUGAUGCUAAACCGAGUAAACAGGAUUCGACAAUGUCGUCGAGCACGAGUGGCUUGCUGUUUACAAGACCCCUGUCAAGUUCCACUAAAAAGCAACCGAAGCCAGAAGCUUUAACUCGCCCCAAAACUAGCCGUCCGAACUUGGUUCGCGUGAGUAGCAAGACUGAAAUUACCGCGGACGGGAAAAACUCAAAACAGGGCAUAGCAAAGGCAUCUUCGCCAACCAGAACUUCUGUUCCGACCCUAAGCAGACAGUCAAGUUAUUUUAGUCUAAAAAGUAUCCGGCGUUCUCUGUCCGUGGAAGAAGCGAGCAAGCGCUUGAGAAGGAAGGGUUCUCGAGAUGAGAAGGAGUGCAAACUUAGGCGAAAAAGUUUUGUCGGAAUAGUGACCUCGAUUGACGAGGAAGAACAAGAAGAAAAAAGACAGCUGGUAAUGUAUCAUUUUUUCUUCCCCUAGGCUAAGACAAGGUGCAAGAAGGGAGGAAUUAAUUUUGCAUAUUUAUCGCGGUGUCACUUAUAACGGUAGAAGUGAAGUCAUGUUUUUGUUUCCUUUUCAUCCCCCUACCCCCCCCCCCGUUUCCUUUGCAUGUAUUCCCUUCUGCGAUUGCCAAGUUGGUUCAGUUCUUACCGCUUGUACACUUUACCUUCUCAUGACUGGAGAUAAAAUGAUAAAUAGAUAUGAAGGGCAGUUUUCCUGAAGAUUUAAGUCAAGCUUCAGAAGGGAUCAUAUUCGCCUCAAAUAGUAAGGGUUUCAUCAGUUCCAGUUUAGAGUAGAGCAUAGAAAAAAGAGCUUUUGGGGGGCAAAGAAAAAAGGCAUCGUUUAAUCGCAUAAAGCUACACCUGUAAACAGAUGCAACAACCCCAACAAUUUUGGGACCUGAAACUGAAUGCAUCUUGGGGAGGAUACAUCCGAUAAAAAUUGUAACUUGAAGGAAACCAUGUGGAAUACGCGUGUAUGGCUCUGACAAUGUUGAAAGAGCUGUGUAAACUGAUCCAACAUUGUUGCGCUACGCUUCGGCGAUCACGGAACAAAAGAAAUGUUAGGAGAUGUUGGCUCAAACUUUUGACCAGUUUCAAACUUUGCAGAACAACUCCCGACAACAUGCAACAUGUCCAACAAUGUUGGGAGUUGUUGGCCAACAAUGUUGAGUACGUCCGUUUGCACGGGGCCUUAAGAGGGAUUUGGUUGAUUGGUUGCUUGAUUGAUUUUAUUGUUUAUGUAGGCUGCCACCAGGUUUCGCCGUGCCGUGUUUCUAAUCCGUAUAUUCAGCUCCCUCUGCCUAAGCAUUAGAAAAUACGCAGAUCAGGAUAAAUCGAGACAGUACGAUCUGUAUUACAUGAGGGAUAUGUUACCAGAAAACGAAAAUAACACAACACUAAUACAAGCUAUGCCGAUUACGUUCAACAAGCACCUGUUCUCCAGAGAUAAUACGGUAAGGUUUUGUUACUUUGUACCAAAUGCGAAUCGCAAUAUCGUUUCAUGAGUCACCCUUGUCUGCAAUCGUUGACACAAUUAGUCGAAACACUCUGCCCUUAAGGGCUUUUCUGAAGUUUUGUCGACUUUAAACGAGAAAAAAUUAGCUUUCCCUUCCCCACCCCUCCAUGCAAAGUUGUGCCGCUAUAUGAGCUACCCCAACCUUGUUUGGAAGGUGGGGGGGGGGGUGCGUAUUGUUUUAUUUUCCAAAGUACUCCAUUUGACGACAGUGUUUCAACAAUUUUGCCGCCGAUUGUCUUUUGCAAAUAUUUGGAAUGACAAGAAACCUGGCAGCAAACAUGGCUGAACAGUACUUGGGGAGACUCAUCAAUCCUCGCUGAGGAAUCAAACCAAUACUCGUAACAUUCUGUAUGUUACAAGGUUCACGUUUUCUUUUCCACUGCACGAGAUGCUCUGACAUUGCGUCACAGCGCAGGACAUGUGUCACAUGACCAGUCCAAAAUUUGGUACAGUUAUAUUCACUUUUAGCGAAGGCUUCGGAUAGGCCAGUUUUAAAUUACUGAGUAUCAAAAUUCAUACUUAGCUUAGACGCUUAGUAGGGUGAGGUAAACAUCAAUUUUGUUGCAAUCUAUGACUUCUCUAGGCCAUGGCUAUUAAAUGUCCUUGCUAGUGUCUAGAUAGAUGCACCUGAUUUCUAUCAAUGCUUCUCUUUUUAUAUCAUGCUGCGGAAGCCAAAAAGUUAUUUCCCUCAAAUAACUCGACCAGGAUAACAUUGUGCCUAGGUCUAUAAUUCAGCUAAAAUUACUCUCGUGAAAGGGUAUCACUCGAAAAAACUGUUUAAAUCCCCUGAGUCUCAGCAGCGGCAGCACCCAAUUAUAAGUAACCUGUUUAUUUUAUUUAAAGCUUCAUUUUCCCCUGUGGGCUCGUUUGACUUGUGCCAAGAAGCCCGAAGAAAGAACUGAAGCUGAAAUGAAGAAGCUUGCGACUUUGCUGCGAGGAAUGAAGAGCUUUGGAAAAUUUUCCCGCGAGGCACAACGAAACUUGUGUCAGACCAUGUCUUAUGCAUGGUGAGAAUAGCUUUACUAAUGUUGCCAAACUUAGAAUUUUAGAUAACCAAGAAAAAUGAUUAAAAGCGAAAGAUGAGCCAACAAAAAUUUGAAAAAAUGGUUACAUUUUAUUGGCAAUUCAGGGUUUCAUUAGAACCUUGUUUUUACUACAGAUAGAAUAAUAUAUAACAGCGCAAUAACAUAAACUUCCUCUGGAUUUCUGCUUUGUUUUCCUCUCUAGUCCUCUCUUUUUAUAAAGUCAUUCUUCUCUUUCAAUUAUUUCCUCAGUUAUGAACGCAGAAGGUUGAUCGUGCGGCAGGGACAUCCGGGAUUUUGCUUCUACUUCAUAGUCUCAGGCUCAGUCUCCGUGACCAUAACGCGAAAGGAUUACAAGACCGGUGUUUACGUCACAAACACUGUUGACGUCCUGGAGAAGAACGAGGCCUUUGGGGUAAUAUGAUAUUCUGUAACGUCACUGAUUACGAAAGCGAUAAAUUGGUCACUGGCACUAAUACAUUCCCAAAAAAGUGGGUGUACACAUCAACAACAACCUCAACUAUAUAUUUUACCACAGUAAAAUUAAAGAAUCAUCAAGCUAAAGGGAAAUAUUCAAAAAAUUCAAUUAAUUAAGCUAAUAACAAUUUUCAUAAUAAGAAUAAUAAUGUUACGUAAUACUUAAAAAACAAGGUGCCUGUUUUCCAUGAAUGCUUACUCUUGAAGUCUUUAAGAGAAUCCCCUUUUUCUUCCUUUUAUUAGGUCAAUAUUGAAAACUUGGCAAUAACGACUGAUAACCGUUUUGUUUGUAGCAACAAUCUUUCCUAUAACUUAAGACUCUCGAAUUUAAUAAGAAGAGUUAAUUUAAAAGUCAUAAUUUUCAAAGAAAUCUUUAUUUCAAACAUUGGAUAUUGCUUGUUAACAAGGAUAGUUGAACAGCUAUUUUACAAACUUUUCGUUUCACUAAAAGAGAACAAAACUUGUUUUCGCAGGAAAUAGCACUCAUUUCAGAAGAAGCAAUAAGAACAGCUACGAUUAUCUGUCGAGAACGUGUAGAGGUUCUGGUGGUUAACAGGGAGACCAUCUUGCAAUAUUGUCCAGAUGUGUUUCAGCGAGAAUACGAUGAAAAAGUACAGGUCAUGAAGUAAGUAAACCCUACCCUGGGUAGUGACCGAUACAUUUGCUGUACUACACGUCAGCCACUCGUGUUCUGAAUGUAGGAAAAGUGUGACUGUUUGUUGCUAACGCGUAAGAUCACGUUACUGACAUGUGGAUUUUGGAAUGUGUUUCUCUAAACACGAGCUUCAGGUUUCGUUGCUCUAGUUUGAGAUUUCGUUAGGUAUUAGGUUUGUCUCGUAAAUCCGAAUGAUAUAAGCUGUCGUUGUGGACAGAAAAGAGUCGACAUCGUUAGUGUGUUUAAAAGAGCUCGGAUACGUCACCGAAAUGCAUUGACCUAGACGUUGUGGGAAACGCCGUACAGGGACUAGGCAAAGGCGCUUCGAUUUUUCUGAUUUUUGCACAGAGGCGAGCGGGAAACGCGAAGGACUGGUGAGGAGAAGCGAUCGUUUUUUUCCACCGAUUUCUAAAUCAAUGGAAAUAACUCAACUUGGUCCAUAAUUUACAGAGUUGUUUAUUCUCGAAAUGUUCCCUAAAACCCUUACUGCUGUGCAUACCCUGUAAGAAUAAACUGCUCUAACUGAAUAGCCCUGGGUAAAAGAGGAAGUCUCCUUAAGAAGCCGGGGGGGGCCGUGCUUGGGCAAAUUUUGUGAGGCAACCUGCUGAUUAAUUUAGUGAAAGGGAUAACAAAGCGUCUAGUUUGUGAUCAACAAUCUAGCAUUUUGGAUAGUCACAACUAGUUACCAAAAAACAGAAACCUCAUGCAUGCUCGUGCACUCAUAGAGUUCUGUUUACAUCCUCUUCAAAUUCAUGUAUUGAUUUAAUAACAUCAUGUUUGACGACGGUUGCGGAACAUAAAGACUUCCGGUGCUCAAUUUUUUCUAAAAAAUCGAUUUUUUUUUUUGUCAAAAAAAAAAAAAAUCACCUGAUCGCAGGAGCCAUUGGUCAAGACAGUUGUUUGAUUUGCGCCCGCCGUCGUCAACUGACCUUCCCGUUCUGUUGCUAAAUCAGCCUAAUGAUGUUCGAGGUUGUGAAACAUAAAGCACUGUUUUGUUUUCUCCAAAAAUCGAUUGCAGGGGCCAUUCCUUGUUCUACGGCUGGGGAGAGGAUUUAUUACGAUCUUUAACUCAUCGUUCACAUAUCAGAGAGGUGAGGACGUUAUAGCUCAGGUUUUUUAUCCUUUUUAUCAUUUCUAUAAACCCUUUCCACUUGGUGGCUAUGUUAUUCCCUCAGAAAAUUAAAAGCUUUGUUCUAACUCGUCUGAACUUAAAAGUUUUCUUCUGUGAGGGUAGAGGUGCAAAAUGAUUUUUGUUGGUUUGUUUGUUGUCUUGUUGUAUUUGGUAUUUUUUAAUGUGAAAAUGGCUGCUGUGUCCUUGCGUCAAGAUCUAUCCAGGCCAGAAUGUUGAAAAAUUUGCCUAAGAUGCAUGGUCGAAAGACAAGGAAAGGAAGCAUGAAAGUGGGCCCUGAUCCUGCUCAAGGUGCUGGCAGUUCAGCUGAUUUUGAUUUUGAAAGCAAAGAAGGAUUGGGAAGAGUGCGAAAGGGUUGAGGCGCGAUUCCAGUGCAAACGCUGUCCAAGAAAACGACUGUACUGAAGGCUCAGAUCUCAGAAGACCUUUUUCAGAAACUGAGGGGAAAAAUAGGGAAGGGCCUUCCGAUAAGGCUUAAGCUGAACCUAUUGUGAUGAAAGGUAUACGGCGCUAGAAGAAAUCCCAUUAGUAGAGCUGUACGUAAUGCGAUACGUAAACUAAAAAGAUCUCAUUAGAAAUUCUCCUUUGUGGCUCCUUUACGUUUCCUUUGACAGUAAGUUAAGAGAACUUUACUUAUGAAAUUUAGGGUUAUACGAAGGUAAAGUCAUCUGGCUGAUAUAUUUGCCUAUUUUCAUGAUAUAACAUGUUAGCUGGACAAUAUAUCGUUGGAAGAAGUUACAUGCUAAUCACUUUCUGGAGUUAAAGGGUUAACUGCUUCAGUUUUUUUGUCAAUAUGUUUUCUAGUAUUCUUAUGGAAAGCUUGUCGAUAUCGAUUCAACAGCCUCGGAGUCCAUUUACUUUGUAAUAAAGGUAAGUUUUUCAAUAGACGACUGUGAUAUUUAAAUCGUGCUACUCAGAUCAAACGAAAUUAGAUUUUACAGUUUUUACUCUUUUUUUUCGUCGCGCCAAGCAAUUUACAAAGUGGGUGUUCCUGUAUGCAGGUGGCCUUGGUAGGAGAAGGAUACUUAAACAAGCCAGGAUACAUACUGUAUAUGUAUGGGCGGUUAGAGCAUCUCAGAGUCUUUGUACUAUGUCCUUGGAUUCUCCGAGGAGAAAGUGCCAAUGGCGCUCGAUGGCCAGUCUGGCGGUAUUCCAGAACUGAAAACGCAGCUAUGCAGACAUGCUGGCCACGCCACUGUUUGAUUCCAUUCGAUUUAGCCCUUGCAGCCCCUUAGUAUGGCAUGUGUAAUUUAUGGAGAAGUAUAAGUUAGACUAUGAGCAGUCUCUCUAUUUUCUAAGUCUGUCGAACGAGACGCGCGAGACGCGCGUAACUGCAGACCCCGCUGUCGCCCUCGUUUCUCGCAUCUUGCGGCCUCACCGCUUGACACUCGCGCGUGCGUGCACUCCCCUUACCAAAUCUGAAGAAAUCGACAGACUGCUCCCAUUUUAAGUGUAAUUUAUCCUUUAUAAUCUGUUUUCAGGGUAAAAUUGACAUGUUGCGUCGCGUUGACUUAAAAGCUGUCCUCAAAUCUGGUGUUACGACCAGCUCAUUCCAUAAUCGAUCGCUUCCUCGACCAGCAACAGCAGUGCCUGGUAAAAACGGAAACAAUACAUGCUAUGUUAACGUGGGGUCUUUACAGCCUAAUGAUUCCUGGGUAAGUAGUCAAAAAACCUGCUUUACUCAAAUUUCCAUCUAUUUAGGAAGAGGUGCCGAUUGUUGACACAGUUUUUGCGUACAAUACAUUGUACCAAUAUCAGCACCGAAGCACACACUACCAAUUGCAACUCCGAGGUUAACGGAGGAGGUUAGGUAUGGCCAGUACAUUACGCAUGCGCAAAGCCAUAUCACCCGGGCAGUGGCAACCACGGACAGUUGUUUCGUCCUCAUAAGGACUCAUCAGCACGGCAUAGCCCCAGGCGAGGGGUCUCACUUGCGGUCAUCGACCCCGCUGUUCACUGCCUAGUCUCCCUCGCAGCCGUUUUUUGGAUGUCACGCAACGCUCCCCCAAGCGUUGCGUGACAUCCAAAAAACGGCUGCGAGGGAGACUAUUCACUGCCGAGACGAGUGCGAAAGCACUCCUUCAAGCGCCAGAUCCACCGUACACAUGAUAGUUGGUGGAGUGUGCUACAGUGCUGACAUUAAUAUAAUUUUUGUGUAGCCUACCAGAGACGAAACUGCUAUUCUUUAUCAUUAUUACUUUUUUUUCAUUAAAAAAACAUUUUUCAUUUUCUAGGAUCUAAAAACCCUUGGAAUGGACGCUCCAUCAGGACAGGGGAACAUUUUAGUCAGCGCGGGAGUGAGAGUGUUGAAAGUGCCUAAAAGGAGAGUAAUUGAGUUAAUUCCCAAGGGACACAUGGAGGUGUUUCAGGAGAACUUCUCUCCUCGACACAGGUCAGAGCCUAGUAACCAGGCCCAUCUUUCUCAAAGCCCCUCAGAUGUCUUGCACUUCUUCUAAAAAUUACGAUAAUGAAGUAGCCUUCAAAUACAGCCGCCGUCUCGGGGAUCGACAGAAAGCGGCUGUUUUCGCAGGCUAAUAACGGAGUUGCUAGCCCCCCACGUAAGCGUUUUUAGGGGAGUCGUAUUUCUUCCCUUCCCGCAAAAAGCGUUUGUGGUGAGGGAGGAAAUACGACUCACUCCCCUAAAAACGCCUGCGUGGAAGGCUACAGAACUGCCUGUAUAUAACAAAGUUAGAUAUGUGGUCGUGCCCUUUUUUAUCCUGGCUAGAAACAAGCACAAUUUUGUUUGCCAGUUAAAUGAACAUCUGCAGGAGCCUAUCACUGUCUAUCAUUUCAGCUAGCCUCAAAACAUAAAAAUAUAUAGAAUCUUUUUAGAUUUCUACAUUUCGAACGCAUCCUUCGAUCCUGUUUUUGUAGGUGCCUUACAGAGGAAGAAGUGUACCGUGAUUAUUUGGCGGCGGAAACAUGGCUAGACUACAGAAAAAAGGUUCUUCGAAAUGUAAUGGACAUCAAAGCUGGACGCUUUAUUGCCAAUGUGUCUGCUACAGCAAAGGGUUCUACAGGCUGGACGGCAUGGCCUGGAACCCAACAAAAAACGUGAUUGAAAUAUUCAUGCCUCAGGGGAUUGUCAGUAGAUAGAUUCUUGUUCUCAGGAGUGCUUAACCAUCCCUCUGGUUGGAACAGGUCUUGAUACAAAACGCUGCUAAAACUUGGUAUGGUUCAAGCGUGGAAAACGUACGACGAAGCGUUUUUGGGCGGGAAAAUGAUCAAUAAACACUGUGAACGGUGAAUAUUGGACAUCUGUUGUCUUAAUUGGACAUGAUGAAAGCUAUUUCGCUCAAGGACAGAAAUUAAAUUAGUGAUGAUUGCCGACAUAAAAGAUUUCGUCCACGCACUAAGGAAUUGAACAGAACUAAACAAAACCACGAUAAUUCUCGACUAAGUACUUUGUAAAUUAAAU